AUGCGAGUUCUCGCUCUCUUCACCCUCCUCACGGCCCUUGCCGCCCCGGCCGCCGCCCGCUCUCACCCCCGCCGCCAGUGCAAGGCCAAGCACACCCCCUCCGUUCCCAGUCCUCACCAGAGUGGUACCGGAAACAACCAGCUCAACAUCCAGCCCGAGCACGGCCAGGAGGAGCAGCCCCCUUCGAGCGCCGGCAGCGACUCGGCCGUCCAGCCCUCCAAGCCAGUUGAGACCCCCGCUCAGACCCCCGAGCAGCCCGCCGAGACCCCCGCGACCACUCCUGCCGAGCCCUCGUCGUCGGCCGAGGCCACGCCUUCUUCCCCGGCCACCGAUCCUUCCCCCACCGAGUCGCCCAAGUCGGAAGAGACUCCCGAGUCUGCCCCUGGCUCGGAGGCAGAGGCCGCCACGCCCUCGCCUUCUCAAGUUGCGCCCACGCCGUCCGAGGGGGCUCCUUCGCUCUCUGAAGAGGCGCCCUCACCUUCCGAGGCUGCGCCUACGCCUUCUGAAGCCGCUCCUUCGCCCUCGGAAGCCGCUCCUUCGCCCUCGGAAGCCACUCCCUCGGCUUCAGAGCCCGCGCCUUCGCCCACUGGCACCGCCCCCGACGCCGCCUUUACCCAGCCCUCUGUUACCGACCCCGCCCAGACUGGCCCCGAUGCCUACCAGCAGACCCUCUUGGACCUCCACAACAACCUGCGUAGGCAGUACUCGGCCGGGCCGGUGACCUGGAACCAGGGUCUUGCCGACUACGCCGCUGGCCACGCAGACAAGUGUGUCUUCGAGCACUCGGGCGCUUCCACUGGUGAGAACCUUGCUGGCGGUACUGGCUCCGAUUACGACCUGGCUGCCGAGUUCCAGAUGUGGGCCAACGAGGCGAACGCGUACAACUUUGACAAGCCCGGUUACAGCGCUGAAACCGGCCACUUUACCCAGGCCGUCUGGAAGGGUACCACCCAGAUCGGCUGCGCCUGGAAGGCCUGCGCUCCUGGCACCAUCUUUGAGCCCCAGUUCGGCAACUCGCUCAUCCUUGUCUGCGAAUACGAGCCCCGUGGCAACUAUGUCUCGAACAACAACGACCAGGAGACGGCCAAGUGGUUCAGCGAGAACGUCGGCCCCAAGGCCUGA